UCGCUAUCAAAUAUUAUAUUAUUUAUAUAUUUUGUAGAUAUUUGAAAAUACAGAGAGAGAGAAGAGAGAGAGAGAGAGAGAGAGAGAGAGAGAGUGAAGAGGAGAUUGGCGCGAUGAUGAUUAACUUGGCGGCGGCGUCGGUGACGGCGACGGCACGGCGUAGCCCGGAGCAACUGUCCUUUGGCCCGUACGGUUUGGCGGACCUGGUCGACUCGUUCUACUUCGGGGAGGAGGAUGAGGAAGAGAUGGAGGAAGAGGAGGAGGAAGAUAAGGACACGGAUUGGAGCGCGCUGGAAGCGGCACUGGAGGAAUCGGAGGCCGACUCGGUGGCGUGUCGAAUCAGAGCGGAGGCGGAGCGGGCCGUGGAAGCGGUGGGAUUCGAGCAGAGAGGCGACGAGUUGAAGAUGCGAGUCGUGGGCUGGCUCCGAGACCGAGGAUUCGAUGCCGGGCUCUGCUCCUCCGCGUGGGAACGAUCCACCGACGGAGUCGUCACCGUCGCCGGCCGCCACGACUUCAUCGACGUGAUCCACCUCGGCGGCCGCCGGCGCUACAUCUUGGAGAUAGACUUCACCUCCGAGUUCGCGAUCCCACGGCCGACGGCCGCCUACGCCGCUUUCCUACGGCGGAUCCCGUCGGCAUUCGCCGGGACGGAGGUGACCGUGGGGCGCGUGGUGGGCGUGAUGUGCGAAGCGAUGAGGGAGUCGAUGAAGAGCGCCGGAAUGCCGCUUCCGCCGUGGCGGCGGAAGGAGUAUGUUGAGGCGAAGUGGCUGAGCGAGUACGUGAGGCGGCGGGGCGACCGGGAGACGGAGCAGGGAGGGGGCGAGGGGAGGAAGGAGGAGAAGAAGAAGGCACGGAUGAUUGAAGGUUGCAGAGAGGCGGAGGUGCGGCGUGGGGAAGGCUGGCGGCGCUGCAAAUUGGACGUCGGUCAAAAGGAAAAUAUGGUUUUUAGUUAAAAGUUCUUAAAUUUUGUUUAUAAUCAGGUCUUAUUGACUUUGUUCGGAAUUAGUUAGUUUUUAUUGGAGACAUGUAUUUUUUUAUUUAUUUUUGG